GCCUCUUCCUUUUCCGCCAUCUUGCUGCACCGGUGAGUGGGGGUGGCGCUAGGUCCCGGUUGCUAUCCGCCGCCUCCCGGCGCCAUCCGAGCCCCGCGGCCGCCGCUACCCGCCUCGCCGGGGCCGCGAGGGUGCGCCCCACCGAUCCCGCCCGUUUUGAGCCGCCGGCGUGCUCCCUAGCGCUCUCUAGAGCCCGCCGAGUGGAGGGUGGGAGGAAGUACCCUCUUGCCUGUGGCUCCGCUCUCCACAGAGAUGCGGGGCGGGAGCAGUGGGGCGGGGGCUGGCGUGGCAGCCAGGCCCAGGCCGGGCUGGGCAGGGCUCGGGGGAGCUCGGCUGCGGAGUCUGUGGACUUGGGCGAGUGAGGACCGUGCUGCCUGGGAGGAGGCACCAUGGUGCGCAUGAACGUUCUAGCCGAUGCUCUCAAAAGCAUCAACAAUGCAGAGAAACGUGGGAAACGCCAAGUUCUCAUUAGGCCGUGCUCCAAAGUAAUCGUCCGGUUUUUAACUGUGAUGAUGAAGCACGGUUACAUCGGCGAAUUUGAGAUAAUUGAUGACCACAGAGCUGGGAAGAUUGUUGUCAAUCUCACAGGCAGGCUCAACAAGUGUGGUGUAAUCAGUCCCAGAUUUGAUGUUCAGCUGAAGGAUUUGGAAAAGUGGCAGAACAACCUGCUGCCUUCACGUCAGUUUGGGUACAUUGUUCUGACAACCUCAGCUGGCAUCAUGGACCAUGAGGAGGCUAGGCGAAAACACACAGGAGGCAAAAUCCUGGGAUUCUUUUUCUAAAACUUGUAAAAAAAGAGGAUACUAAUAAAUUGUUCAAACGGA